AGAAAUUUGUGCACCGGCUCACAGUCUCACUUAUUCCUAGUUUUCUGGAGUGGCACCCUCUUUGGUCGUCAUCACGCUGGCUGAGGUUCUAAUCAUGGUGUUGCUUUGCACACUUUUUUAUGAGUCUAGCUCUGGUUCUGUGUUCCCAAGAACGAAGCAUCUCCUGAACACACUUAUCAUCUAUGUUGUUAGCCGGUUUUUGCUGAUUUUCCUAGUCACCAUUGCAGAUUUUGUCACCGCUGUUAUUAAACAAAGUACAUGGUCAAUAGGGUUGAGUUUCAUCCUUGAAAAAUUAUAUGCCAACUCGCUUCUGGCAUCACUAAACUCCCGGGAACACCUUCGAUCUCAGGGUGCAGGUACCCUGUCAGAUCUACGCAUCAUUGAUAUCCAUUUGGCGAACCUACCGGAGCUUUCGAGGGACGUUGAGAGUUCCCAAGGCGGGGCAAGGCGGUUCGACGUGUCCGAGACAGCUGUUAUCGAUAUAACCAUCGAUCCUGCACUGCUUAAUAGGAUAACAGCGCCGCGAAGAGAAGAAGAGCUGUAAAUCUUGUAGUUCCGUGCUGCGUCCGCCAUUCGGUUAAUGUAGAUGGCAUGCAGACUCGACCAGUGCCACAUUAUUUAAGGUGACUUCGGCAUGAC